AUGCCAAAAAAAGGCAAAGGAAAGAAAGGUGGUAAAGGGAAGAAAGGAAAAGGAAAAAAAGGCAAAAAAAAUGAUUCGCCUGUCAAAAUGGCUGCUAAAAAUACACUAAUAUGGCAAACUCGACUUAAUAUGGUGGAUAACUCACGAAAACAAAUUCGAGAAAGAUAUGAUAACUUGAAUAGUGAACAUGAAGUAUUAAGUGAGCAAAUGCGUCAAACAGAAAAGGAUACUUUAGAUGUAAUAUCCUUUCUGAAAAAACAAGAUCUUGAAAAAGAUGCUGAGAUUGAACGUCUACAACAAGAAUACAAAGAUCUUCAUGUAGAACAAGCUAAAGAAAAAGAUGAAUUAAUGGUUGAUUUCAAACAACAAAGACGUUUUCUAGAUGAAAAAUUAGCUAGAAAAGAAAGUGAAUUAGAUAUUGUUCGACAUGAACUUAAUCAAAUAAAAGAUUUUCGAAAACGAAAAGCUCAAAUGCAAAAAGAACUUGAUGAAAUUAAACAAGUUAUGAUGAUGAAUGAAGGUGAUCAAAAAGAAUCAUUGGAAAGAUUUGAACGACAAUUUGCCGAUGAGAAAAAACGUUUACACCAGGAAUCAAAUAAAAAAAUUGAAGCUAUAGCUGAACAUGCACAAAAUGAAGCAAUAAAAACUUUAGAUGAAAAAGGUCGAAGUAUUUAUAAAGAAAAUGUUGAUCUUAUUAAAUCAUUACAUAUUUAUAAACAAGAAUUAGUUGAUGUACAAUAUCUAAAAGAACAAUUAGCAAAACAAGCUGCUGAAGUUAUAGAUGAUAAAGAAACAAAUGAUUCAUUAAUGAAAGAAAAAAUUGAACAAGUACAAAAACAAAAUAAAUCAAUAAAAGAAUUAAAAGAAAAAAUUCAACAUUUAGAAACAUCAUUAACACAAUAUAUUGAUGAAUUUAAUGUUCAAAGAAUAAAACUUAUUGAACGAUCUGAUAUCGAACAACAAUCAUCACGUAAUGAAAUUGUUAAAUUAGAACGUGCUUUAGAAUUAAAAGGAAAAGAAAUGAAUAAAGUUAAAAAAUUAGGUAAAACAAUUCUUGAACAACGUUCAGAUUUAGAAGCUAUGUUUUUGGAUGCAUUACAACAUGUUAAAAAACAAGUUAUUCAGAAUCGUUUAGAACAUAAUAAAGAUAAUUAUAAUACAAAUGAAAAUCGAAUGUUAAAUGUAUAUCAUGCACCAGAAGAUUUAACAAGAAUGAGAACAUUAAGUGAAUUCAAUAGAAAUGGUUCAUUUCAAGAUUUACAUGAAGAAAAUAAAUGGGACAAUCAUACUAAUGGAAUAACUGUUAAUGAUUUAACAUGGGAACAAAAAGAACAAGUACUUCGAGAAUUAUUUAUUCGAAUGAAUGCAAGAAAAACAAAUAUAAUUGAAACAACCAUUGAUACUGAACAAUCAACUCAUGAUGAUAGUCCAAUUGAUAAUACGAAUAAUAUAUUUGUAACUCAAACAGAUAGUACAAUACAAAAUCAAAGUCGAUCAGAUUCAAGAAGUAAUAUUAGUCCAUCAGGUGUACCGAAAUUACCUCAGAUUUCAUCACCAACUCUCACAUAA